UUUAAUGUUUUAUUAAUAAAUUUUAUGGGUCCAUAAGAAAUUGUAUAUAAUCAUUUAGUGUCAUAUACACACACACUCACAAAGUGACUUCGGGUGUGUUGUGACUGGUGACUGACUUUUUAUAUCAUCUCAAACACACAGGUGUUUUUGGCAAAAUAUUACAAUAAUAUUUAUUAUGGCUAAUAAUAAAAAACAAAAUAAUAAUGUUUUUGAGGUCGCUGAUUCCAGAACAAAUUUAAUACCAACACGACCGAGUUGGGAUCGACCACUUGAAUUUUUUCUAUCACUGAUUGGUUAUGCUAUUGGCUUGGGCAAUGUAUGGCGUUUUCCAUAUUUAUGUUAUAAACGGGGCGGGGGUGCAUUUUUAAUACCAUACAGUAUUAUGUUAGUUACAUUGGGUUUACCAAUAUUUUUUUUGGAAUUAGCUGUUGGACAAUUCACAAGUAUGGGUCCUACGGAAGUAUUUAAAAAUAUUGCACCGGCUUUUCAUGGUGUUGGAUAUGCAACACUUGUGGUUAUUGCGUUAGUUGUUAUUUACUAUAUGGUUAUUGUAGCGUGGACUAUUUUUUAUACGUUUGCGUCGUUUCGCAGUGAAUUACAAUGGGGAUCAUGCCUAAAUAGUUUUAAUUCACGAGACUGUUACAGUAGUUUAGAAGAAGUCAAAUGUACUGAUAAAAAUUUAGGUAAUAUUAACGAUACAAUUUUUUGGAAUAAAACUUGUACAUCAGUCAAGCAAAUUUGCGAAGAUCAUCAUUUAUUUUUUAAUGAUGUGAAAAAUUGUCGUAAUGGAACAGAUGGACCUUUAGUUGCCAUAAAUAAAGUAAUAAGUCGUAUUUAUGCAUCACAAGAAUAUUAUGAAAAUCGUGUACUUGGUGCAAAAGAUGCAACAUGGGAAAAUUUUGGAUAUCCACAAUGGGAAUUAGUUUUGUGCUUAUUAUUAGCAUGGAUUAUUGUAUACUUUUGUAUGAUUAAAGGUGUUCAAUCGGCCGGAAAAGCGGUUUAUUUUACGGCACUAUUUCCAUAUGUUAUUUUAACUGCCCUAUUUAUACGUGGAAUUACGUUACCUGGUGCAAUGACUGGUCUAAAAGCAUACAUGGCUGUUGAUUUAAAUUUAUUAACCGAAGUAGAUACAUGGGCAGAUGCAGCUUCACAGAUUUUCUAUGCGUUCGGAAUUGGAUGUGGAUCUUUAAUUACAUUGGCUUCGUAUAAUGAGCUUACGAAUAACUGCCAUCGAGAUGCAAUUUUGGUUUCUAUAGCAAACGCAUUUACCUCAUUAUUCGCUGGAUUUUGUAUAUUUGCUGUACUCGGAUUUUUGGCACACAAUUUAGAUAUGCCUGUUAGUGAGGUAGUAACAGAUGGACCUGGGCUAGCAUUUGUUGCAUAUCCCGAGGCAGUGCUAAGGAUGCCACUGCCACAAUUAUGGUCCGUAUUAUUCUUCUUUAUGUUAUUCAUUUUGGGAUUGGGAAGUCAAUUUGCUGGUAUUGAGGCGAUAAGUACAACAAUUUUAGACCAUUGGCCACAUUUACGGGAUCGUCAACCGAUGGUUGUUUUAGGGAUUUGUGUAACAUUCUUUCUUUUGGCUAUACCAAUGUGUUGUAAUGGUGGUAUUUACUUGUUUACAUUAAUGGAUAAGAAUACAGCUUCAUGGGCGAUUUUAUUAAUCGCAUUGGCAGAAGUUGGCUCAGUAUCUUGGGUGUAUGGAUGUGAUCGAUUUUUGAAGAAAGAUUUGCCAUUAAUGAAAAUGGUUUUGUCGAAAUUUGCAAUCGUUUAUUGGAAAUCAGUAUUAAUAUUUAUUUCCCCGUUAUUUUUAGUUGGUGUAUUCGUAUUUACAAUGGCAACAUACACGCCAGCCUCGUAUGGUACAUCAUACGUAUUUCCAUAUUGGGCGGAUGCAAUUGGUUGGGCAAUAAGUUUAAGUACCUUAGCACCAAUGUUUGGUUUCCUAAUAUAUCAAGUUUGUUAUUUAAAGAACGAUUGGAAAACAUUAUUUACACCAACAAAUUUAUGGGGCCCAGCAGAAGUACCAAAAUCACAUAAAACAUCGACGGUUUCGAAUAUUAAUUUAGGUUUAUCACCAAAAUCAUAAUUCGUUGAUUUUUUGGUGAAAAUAAUU